GUUUCGCUCCGGCUCAUGUAGCUGAAGGAACCCCCAUCAUGGUGGAAAUGAAUGGAUGCAAAUCCUGUUUAUGUAGGCUGAGAUGCACCCGUAACAUCAAGUUUUAAUAAACCGACGGAACAACAGUGUGGGGAUGGAGGGUGACAUUCUGGACUGCUUGGAGCAGCUCGGCUAUGACGGCCCUCUGCUGGAGGAGAAGGCGCUGCUUAGAGCCGCGGGGGAAGGCCUUUCCUCCCCGGAGUACGUGGAUCUCUGUCGGUGGUUGACAUCUAGACUGAAGCCCCUGUGUGGUCUGGAGGAGAGCCUUACAUCUGGACCAGACGAUAUGGACAGCCUCCAGGUAGAGAUGAGCGGUUUGCUGAAAGAGCUGCACUGUCCCUUUGAAGGAGCUGUUUCAGGGGUUCUCCAGGGCAGCACACGGAGCACAAAAGACCAUCUAAAAUUUGUCUUGUUUUUGAGCUCUGAGCUCCAGGCGGCUCAGAUCUUGAGCGGCAGGCAAGAUUCUGAUAAACACGAAGAUGAGCGUCCGGUCCAGCGGGAGCUUUCAGCGAUCUGCGAAACACUGGAGCUACCGGAGCCUGGAGGAAAAGAGGCAGCAGAGGUGUUUUCUCAACUACAAAAGAAGGUGGAACAUUUGCUUCAAGAUCUUCCUGAUGGCUCCAUUGGAGAGCCAGUGUUGAAGAAGUCUCUCAGCAGUGAACAGUGGGAAAAGCUGCAUGGGAUCAACGAGGUUCUGUCGUCAGAGUACGAAUGUCGCCGCAGGAUGCUGAUCAAGCGCCUGGACGUCACCGUUCAGUCGUUCGGCUGGUCGGACAGGGCCAAGGUGAAGGUGGACAGCAUGGCCAGAGCCUACCAGCCCAAGCGGCACUCUUUGAGGCCUCAGUCCUCAGCGGACGUGGCUGAGCUGCUGGCUGCCAGGGAGGACGUCUGCAACGUGGUGAAGACCAGCAGUGGCUCCAGCCGGGAGAAGACCGCUUGUGCUGUCAACAAGGUUUUGAUGGGAAGAGUACCAGACAGAGGAGGACGCCCCUCCGAGAUAGAGCCCCCACCACCUGAGAUGCCCCCCUGGCAGAAGAGGCAAGAUGGAGGAUGGGGAGAGCGCGGUGGUGGAGGUGGUGGAGGACGAGGAGGUGGCGGCAGCUGGGGUCAAGAAAGAAGAGGUGGUGGAGGUGGUUGGGGAGGUAGAGGAGGUUGGAAGGGGGGUGGAAGGAACCAAGGAGGGCACAACAGACAUGGAGAUUAUGGAGGACAUGGAGGGAAGAGAGGACGGUACCAGUAUUAGCGUCUGCAGUGUUUUUCAUUUUUCAUUUCAACACACACUCACUUUAACAUAAAUUCAGCUCAGUUUUUAUCUGGUGGAAGAAAUCUCUGAUCUGAUGGCAAACACUGGGAAACCUUUCAUCCUGAAUGAUUUUAAAAACCCUGCAUUGAUUUUGCUUUAGACUUGUAUUAUUUUUAUGUUUUGUGGACAAAUCAGCAGUCAGCGCGGGACUACAGAUACUAAACAGAGUAGAAGUUCAAAAUUAGGCAAAUGUAAUGGAGGAAAUUCAGCAGCAGCUUAAAACUAAGAACAUCAUAAGCAGCCAGACAGUGAAACAUCUCCCCAAAACCUUUAGCCGUCGUAGAAAAACCUCAAGGAUCUCUUUAUGCUUUAGAUAUACAGUUUGGAAAGAUGCUGGGACCUUUGACCUUUUCAUGAUGCUAAUUGUGUUCUGUGAGCACCUGAAAUAUUAGAGAGGCGCAACAAGAUGAUUAGGAUCAAAUCUGCAUUGCUGGUUAGAAGGUUACAUUCACUCAUUGUGGCCUGUGUGUCAGUGUAAAAUAGGUUGUGGGUUUUUUAAGAUGCUUAUGAACUGUUUUUUUUUUUAUUUAUAUUUAUACAACUUCAAAGAAUUGGGUGUACCGGUUUGGAUUUGUGGAUUUUCUCUAAUCCACAUUUACAUACAAGCUCAAAUAUACAGGUCCUUCUCAAUAUAUUAGCAUAUUGUGAUAAAGUUCAUUAUUUUCCAUAAUGUCAUGAUGAAAAUUUAACAUUCAU